AUGCCACAAGGUGUCAUGCAUCUCGACACCCGGAGCAAUCUUUACGGUCAAACACUGAACCCGCACAACUUGGCCUUGAGUCCGGGUGGAUCAAGUGGAGGCGAGAGUGCCAUGGUCGCUGGCGGUGGAAGUGCGCUUGGUGUUGGAUCUGAUAUCGGUGGAUCUAUUCGACAGCCAUGUGGUGUCACUGGGCUCUAUGGAUUGCGACCAACGACGCAAAGACUGCCAUAUGCAGGUGUCCGAUCGACAAUGCCUGGCAACGAAGCUGUCACUUCUUCCCUUGGGGCCGAUGGCCACUUCUUUGCGGGAUGUCGAGUUGUUCAUGUCGAGCCUGUUGAACGACAAGACUCGUCCUUGGCAGCGAGAACACGCGCUACUGCCGCUGCCUUGGCGAAAAGUCGAGAGUCUUCUCAACAGCAAGCCUGGCAAACCCCUCAUCUCCGCCCCACCACUCCUAUCCGCCGUGCACUCUCGCAUUGGGUCGACAAGCUCCAACAAUCAACUAGCGCAAAUCGAGCUCGCAUCGAGCUCCGACGGUGGGACCCCCUCGAUAUGCACCGUCGAGCAUGGCAUCUCAUCCGUUCUCUCUACUUCAUCGACUCAGGCAAACUCUUCCACCUGGUCGCCAAAUCCACAGGUGAACCUCUUCUACCCCUCACCCAGUACAUCCUCUCCCAACCAUUCGUCCCUUCUGCCACCGCCAAUCUAGAAGCCGAUUCUUCCAACAACACUGCCUCGCCCAAGUUGGAGGAAAUGUCUGUCACCCAACUCUGGGCGGCCGUGCGAGCACGUGAAGCUUUCCCUAAAGAGUUUUUCAAGCGGUGGAACGAGCUUCAGCUGGACUGUCUCCUGUCUCCCGUCCAGGGCAAUGUGGCGCCUAGACCGGGAACGAUCAAGUAUUGGGGGUAUACCAGUGUUUUCAACCUCGUCGACUAUCCUGGGCUUGUGUUUCCCUCUGGGUUCAAAGCUGAUGCGAGGAGGGAUGAAGAAUACGAGGAGAAAGAGCGCAGCUUGCAGGCAGAGUUCGGCCAUACAUCUAAGAAGCAAGGUGAAUGGCUGAGCGACUUUGACAAAGACAACAUGCAAGAGUACCAACAGCACCGAGCAGUGUUCGACAAUGCUCCUGUCGGACUACAGCUGAUUGGGAGGAGGUACAAGGAUGAAGAACUGAUCAAGUACGCAGAGCUUCUGCAACACCUUGUCAGCACGCACAAGUACAUCUCGCAAGGGAGUUGCCCCAUACUAGCGUCGUUCCUUCUGCCGAUCGCUCUAAGCUCUACCUCCUCGCUACAGACUUGA